GUGGUCAACCCACCCAAACGGAACUUUACACAGCCGCGUUAAUAUUCCCGUCACCAGCCACGCUCUCCCCUCCACCGUCCGCCGCGCGUCCCCACCGGCGGCCACCGCGACUGCGACCGCCACCGGCCCACCUCCCCUCCGGCACCCGGGCGCUCCUCACCCCCACCUUUCUCCGCGCGAUGGCGACUCGCGGCGGCGGCGGUAGCCAGUCCUACGGCUUCCCGAUCUACUGCGCCGCCUGGCUCCCGCUCGCCCACAUCCUCAAGCCCGACCCUCCCGCCGCCGAGGCGGACGCGGACGCGGACGCGGAUGCUGCCUCCUCCUCCCCCUCCUCUCCCCCGCCCCCUAUGGCUGUCCUCGGGGGCGGCGGCGGGGAGGGCCGGAGCGGGGUGCCGAACAAGCUCGUGGUGGCGGCCCUCGCCGCCGGGGAAGAGGCCGCCGCGCCGGCCGCCCUUUCCCCCGAGACGGUGCUUGAGGUGAAGACCCAAGAGGAGGUGCCGUACAGAAUGGCUGUACACCCGCGCGGCGAUGGCGUGUUCUGCGCUUUCCCCAACGGCUGCAGGUUGUACCGAUGGGAAUCACAGGAAGGAGAGGGACCACAGAACCUGGCCUUGGAGCCAGACCAGGAAGCUUUAGCGGAGCUGAAAGAUGUUGGUUUGCAGUUGGCCGUAUCCUUCAGUGGAGAAGGUUCAAUACUUGCCAUUGGUGGUGAGGAUGGGCAUUUAAGAGUCUUCAAGUGGCCUGCUAUGGGGUCUGUUCUCACAGAAACUGAUACUAAAACAUCGAUUAAGGAUCUUACCAUCAGUUCCGAUGAGAAGUUUCUUGCUGUGAAUAGGAGCAGCGGGCCAUGUAGAGUUUGGGAUCUGCAGUCAUCUGAAGUUGUAGCCAGUCUGUCAAGAGAAGCAGGGGAAAUAUUUGGAUUCUGCAGAUUCUGUAAUAAGACUGACAACAGUCAUGUCCUAUUUAUAACAGUGAUGCAAGGUGAUUAUGGAAAAAUAGUAUCUUGGAAUACUACCUCAUGGACGAGAAUCGGUUCAAAGAAAAUAACUCGUGAGGCCAUUUCAGCUUUUGCUGUGUCACCCAACGGCGCUCUUCUUGGAAUUGGAACAAUUGAAGGAAGCAUCAUCAUACUGAGCUCAAAAGACAUGCGGACACUUGUAACAGUUAAAAAGGCUCAUCUUGGUAUUGUUACUACACUGGCCUUCUCCCAGGAUUCAAGAACAUUGCUGUCAACUUCCUUUGACUCUUCUGCAAGGGUGACAUCUGUUGGGUCCCCGAAGAGUAAUGGAACAAGCAUAUGGCCCAUGCUACUAGUUAUUAUUCUUGCAAUUUUGGUGUACUACUGUAUGCAGCACAAAGAAGACAUCUUGGCAAUGUUGCCGCGUUGAGAUAGAUUUAUGUUCAGCCCUGACUGAUCAACUCUACUGCAAUUUUGCUUCAGAGAUUGAAAAAUUUUUGGACUUCUAGGUCGACUUCAUUAUUUUCUCAAGGACAACUAUACAGCAAAAGGCAUUGAGCCCUGUCAUGUCUGUAGUAAAAAGGGUAUGUUGUCAAAGUUUUGUAAGUUGAUGGCCGCAAGUGAUAGUCAUCUGUAACAAUGUUUCUUCAUGCUGCACUUAUGAAUUGCAAGGAGAUUGUCUCAAGAGUCCAAUAUAGAGAGUUCAGAAACAAUUUAUUUUGUAUGCGAAAACAAUUCAAUAUGUAUGUGUAUUAAAUCUGUACAAAAAAUAUUUGAAAAAUGCAGAUAUCUUUUGUGUUGUGAGUUGU